CCUCUUAUAUGUCGAGAACGUGACAUCUUGUACAACUUGACUUACUUGAAGGGCGGACAUCCAAUGGUUAUGCAUAUAUAUUAUACUUUUGCGACAAGGAAUUAUUACUGUAAGGCGACGCUCUUUUUCACUUCGGAGAUCUUGUCUGGAUUGGAGUGGUUACAUAGGUGUUUAGUCAUUCACAGGGACUUGAAACCUCAGAAUAUACUUGUGAAAGGCGAUUAUCACAUUUUAAUUUCCGAUUUUUCGAGUGCGAAGGAUGUCGAUCCACAAAAUGGUUUGGCAGACUAUCUUUCCGUUGUAUUCAAGUGGUCUUCCAUUUAUUUAUUAAUUUAUUCAUUUUCUUUAGAUUUUCAAAGACGUCGUUCUACAUUUGUGGGCACAGCAUUAUACAUCUCUCCAGAAGUUUUGGAUCGUCAGGAAGUCUCUUUCACAUGCGAUUAUUGGGCAUUUGGAUGUAUUAUGUACGAAAUGCUGACUUCGCGGUCACCGUUCGCUGCUCUAAAUGCUUUACAAUGCAUUGAGAAAAUCCGCCAGCUGGAAUAUACUAUUCCACCAUUGUUUCCGCCAGUCGCAAAAGAUUUGAUUCCAAAUCCAAAAACACGACUAGGUGCUAAUGGCGUACGUGAAAUAAUGGAACAUCAGUUUUUUUCUGGAGUCGACUGGAACAAUAUAUUAAAAAAUAUCCCACCUCCUUCUAUAAAGAGGCCACGGGAUGUGCCAGGAGAGUUGGUAGUUCCGUCAGAUGCCAAGCCUGGACUGGACGCUGCUGAAGAAUCUCGCCUAAUGGGAAUUGAUACUCACUUCCACAGAUUUGCAAGUGUCAGCGAAGGCAAGUCAGCUAUAACGGCCAUAACAAAUAACAUUGAUAAAGAGCGAGACUUUCUUAUAUCAGAACAGUGUAAAAAAAAUCGCUACCAUCGGUUCGUUAGCGGAAAACUAAUUGUAAAACAAGGCAUCCUAGAAAAGAAGAAGGGUCUUUUUUCCCGAACACGCAUGUUUUUACUAACUGAUGGGCCAGAUUUGUGGUAUGUCGAGCCAGACCAUUUAGUAUUAAAAGGAAAGGUUCCAUUCACUAGACAGAUGAAAACGGAGAUCAUUAAUUUUGGUUUAUUUUUUAUUCACACGCCUCAUCGUACAUAUUAUUUAUCGGACCCGAAUUUGGAAGCUGAUCGGUGGGCGCUCGCUAUUGAUAAUAUGCAGAAAGCACAUUGGGAUGAGUUGGAGGACGAACCACUACCAGCUCAUGAACCCCCUAGAAGUGGUCGGUACGCAAUUUGGGUGCGUUGA